AUGUCGUCGCCGGCCGUCAACCUCAAGCCCGACCUGCCUCUGCUCCCCGUCGCGCCGCUGGACGGAGAGAGCGGAUACCUCCGCUGGAAGGAGUCGAUGCUGCUCCGCCUCCACACCCUCGGCCUGGAGCACGCGCUGCGCAAGAAGCGUCCCUCCGGCGAGGAACUGCAUCCGCGCGACAACGCGCUGUGCCGCGGCCACAUCCUCGCCACGCUCUCCGACCGCCUCCUCCCGGUGUACGCUCACCACGCCACCGCCCGUGCCCUCUGGCGCGCCUUGGCGCGCACCUACGAGCUGGACAUGUGGGAUAUGUCCAACAGUACCAAGGCCAACGCGUUCCGGUUCGACGCGGGCAAGCCCUUCCUGGAGAACCUCGCGCUCCUACAGGCCCUGGUCGCCGCCGGAAAGCUCUCCGACGCCAUGAUGGAGUACUAUGGCUUCCCGCCGGAGGUGGCACGGAAGGUCCACGAGCUAGCUCCCAAUGUGCCUAUGAACGAAAUCUGGAAGAUCGCUCGGCGACAGGUGGUGUCGGACAGGAUGCGAGAAAUUGAUCGGCGCAUUAAGCAUGCAACAGACGGGCAAGGGAGUUGCUCCUCGGAUGAUUCUCGGCCCCUGAAACGAGGGAGGCAGCGGCGGGGGCUGUGGGCUAGUGCGGAUGUGGCGGCCAUAGUCAGCGCCUCAGCGGCGGCGUUCGUGGCCGAUAUCGAGCCCGCACCGCCGCCCGUUCCCAAUUAG